AUGUCUGCAACCGUCACCAAAGCAACUCUCAGCGAGACCAACGUCGAGACCAUCACCACCGUCACAACAGUUGAAGAAACCGUCGCCAGCCUCGAAGUCGUCGCUGCCACCGCCACCGCCACCGCUACCCCUGUUGUCCUUGUCACCGAGCCAACCUUGCACCGCGAACUCCCCAUCUUCAGCAACCCUCUCCUGGCCAACGCCACCCAGUCUAACUCUGUCCCCCUCAAGCCCAAAAUUGUCCGCGUCAAGUCUGCUGGCAACAAGUCUCUUUCCGUUCUCAGGAUCAGCGCCCCCAAGGUCGAUGGCGAAGUUGUCGUGAUGCGUCGUCUCGACACCGACCUUGUCAACGCCACUUCCAUGUACAAUGCCGCGUACCCCGCCAUCUCGGAAAAGAUGGAUGCCAAGGAAAGCGUCUUUGUGGCCAAGAAGUAUGAUGGCCUUGUUGAAAAGUCUGGAGCCUUGGCUGGUGUCUGGAUCACUAUUCCCCAAGCCAAGGUAUUGGCCAAGGAAUACGGUAUUGACCAGUUCAUGCGUCCUCUUCUCGACGCCCCUAAUCCCAAGAACACCAACAACAUUACGACCGAGGGCGAGGAGGUUGUGGAGAAGAGCGUUAUCACCGAGUUGACGAUUGUUCAGACUUCGCAGAAGCGCGAGGCCGAUGUUGACAUUGAGGAGUUGCAGGAUACGACCGACAAGCUGGAUGAGCUCACUGUGGCCGAUGUGAAGGUGAUGAAGCGCAGGAUUGAGGAGUUGGAGGACCAGGCCAACAGGGACAAGAAGAAGUUCCGUGGUUUGGCUGUUGUUGCUGCUGGUUUGGCCGCAGCCUCAGUCAUCCCUCAGGUCCUUCCUUACUUUUCGUAA